UCCUGUCCCAGUAAAUGUAAGCCCCGCCCCCAGGAGCCGCCGUCCCAUGAGUCAUAAAGUUUGAUGUCCUGCCCAAAGUUCAGAUCCGAGUGGAGCAAACUUUUUUUCCUUCUGCAAAGUGAGCUGCGGUGAUUUGUUUUGAGAACUAUGUCUCUUUUUUGCACAAACAACUUAGAGUUUGCUUAAAUACAAACAGAGACCGUUUGAAGCUUUUUGCUCUUUCGUUCCUGCGGGGUUUUUUUUUUUUUUUUUUUUUUAAGUUGGGGCUGGACGACAACAGAUUCCAACUGUGGAGUCGAUAUGCGCUUUGUUAUAUUCUCAAGUAUGCCAGCAAGAAACGUCAGGAAAAGGCUGUCUUUCACCUCAGACUUCGACAGCUAACUGAGAAAACACAGCCAGAAAACUUUUAGAAUGACUCCGGAGAAUUUCCACUGACUGACCCGACGUCAAGAAUUCCAGAAUUCCUGCUGCGUGUGGAAAAAUUCGGGAUUGGCAACGGAUUGCUUUUCCGUGAGUCACUGAACUUAACUUUUCUUUAUUCGAACAUAAAGUUGUCAGUCUGGUUUAUUGGGGUGGUUAAAAAUGGAUCCGAUCCAGCACACCCCUCCCGCCGGACACCAGAUCGUCCACGUACGGGGGGACUCGAACACAGACCUGGAGGCGCUGUUCAACGCCGUGAUGAACCCCAAAAACUCCACUGUUCCUCCGUCCGUGCCCAUGAGACUGAGGAAGCUGCCGGACUCCUUCUUCAAACCUCCAGAACCAAAGUCUCACUCCAGACAAGCCAGUACUGACGCUGGAACAGGCGGCGCGCUCACUCCCCACCAUGUCCGUGCACACUCCUCCCCGGCCUCCCUGCAGAUGGGAGCUGUUUCCCCUGGCUCCCUGUCUGGCAUAGCCUCAGCAGGUGCUUCCCCUCAACACCUUCGCCAGUCCUCCUAUGAGAUUCCAGAUGAUGUGCCAUUGCCCCCGGGGUGGGAGAUGGCCAAGACCGCUUCUGGCCAGAGAUACUUCCUCAACCACAUUGAUCAGACCACCACUUGGCAGGAUCCUCGCAAGACCCUACUCCAGAUGAACCAGAGCGCACCGGCCAGUACUGUGCCAGUCCAGCAACAAACCUUAUGAAUCCUGCAAGUGGU